CGAACGAGAACGCGUCAGUUUCAAGAUGGCGGAAGUCAAGAGCGGUGAAAAUGAAGGCGAAAAAACAAAACAAAACAUCGAAUUAGCCGACAAAGCACAAGCUCAGAAACAGACAGAUGAAAAGAGUAAUACAAGUAGUUCGCCUAAAGAGGCAAAAUUCAAAAUUGAUGUUUUGUUAAAAGCCGCUGGAGAUGCUCCCAUUAUGAAGAAAAAAAAGUGGGCGGUUGAGGCAAACAAAACCGUUGCAUAUUUAGUGGAAUUCAUUAGAAAAUACAUCAAAUGCACCCCUGCAGAUUCACUGUUUCUGUAUGUCAAUCAGUGCUUUGCACCUUAUCCAGACCAACUCAUCCAGAAUCUUUAUGAGUGUUUUGGUGCUGAUGGCAAGUUAGUUUUGUAUUAUUGCAAGACACAGGCAUGGGGCUGAGAAGCAGACCGAACGAAACAGAUAGAACAAAUUGUAAAGUCAAAUGCUAGAACUUACCACGAAAUUUGUAAAAAUCAAGAUAAUUAACAUUACUGUAAAUAGUUCAAUAUGUGAAUAAAAUUCACCCGUAAUUUGAGGUCGAUCAUGCAUGGA